GUUAGCAUUGAAGAGAUGGCCUUCAAAUUUGCAAUCACUAGUAUAAACAGAAAUAAAACAUUCAUGCCUAAUACCACCCUGACAUAUGAUGUACAAAGAAUCAAUCUUUAUGACAGCUUUGAAGCUUCCAGGAGAGCUUGUGAUCAGCUCACACUUGGAGUAGCAGCCGUAUUUGGACCAUCUCACAGUUCUUCUAUAAGUGCAGUACAGUCUAUCUCUAACGCAAUGGAAGUUCCACACAUUCAGACACGUUGGAAACAUCGCAUUGUGGAUCAGAAGGAAUCAUUCUACGUUAAUCUCUAUCCAGAAUAUACAUCUAUUAGUCGAGCUAUCUUGGACUUGGUGCAGUACUACAAGUGGAAGACAAUCACUGUAGUUUAUGAAGAUAGUACAGGUCUCAUACGUUUACAAGAGUUAAUGAAAGCCCCCUCCAGGUAUAAUAUUAAAGUUAAAAUUCGUCAAUUGCCAUCAGGCAAUAGAGAUGCUAAACCUCUUCUGAAGCAGAUGAAAAGGGGGAAAGAGUUCUUUGUGAUAUUUGACUGUACAUAUGCUACUGCUGCCCAAAUAUUGAAACAGAUUCUCUCGAUGGGAAUGAUGACUGAAUAUUAUCAUUAUUUUUUCACCACACUGGAUCUGUUUGCACUGAAUCUGGAACCUUAUCGGUAUAGUGGUGUCAACAUGACAGGGUUUCGCCUUCUAAAUAUUGAUAACCCACGAGUUACAUCCAUUAUUGACAGAUGGGCCAUGGAACAGCUUCAGGCACCAUGGAAAUCAGAUUCAGGAAUCCUGGAUGGGAUGAUAACAACAGAUGCAGCCCUGAUGUAUGAUGCGGUGUAUGUCGUAUCUCUAGCUUUUCGGAAGGCAUUUCAAAUGACAGUCAGCUCUUUACAGUGUCAUAGGCACAAGCCUUGGCGCUUUGGAUCCAGGUUCAUGAAUCUCAUCAAAGAGACACAGUGGGAUGGCCUGACAGGGCAUAUCACCUUCAAUAAAACUGAUGGUCUACGGAAAGAUUUCAAUUUAGACAUUAUAAGUCUGAAGGAGGAAGGCCUGGAACAGAUUGGAAUCUGGAAUUCAAACACAGGACUGAACAUGACAGACAGCCUGAAAAACAAGUCUGCCAACAUCACUGACUCUUUGGCUAAUCGGACUCUUUUAGUCACCACUAUUUUGGAAGACCCUUAUGUAAUGCACAAGAAGUCUGACAAGCCUUUAUAUGGGAAUGACCGUUUUGAAGGUUAUUGCCUUGAUUUGUUGAAAGAAUUAUCAAACAUUCUGGGUUUCACUUAUGAAGUUAGACUCGUAGCUGAUGGAAAAUAUGGGGCACAGAAUGAGAAGAGCGAAUGGAAUGGAAUGGUUGGAGAACUCAUUGACCAUAAAGCAGAUUUAGCAGUUGCCCCUCUCACGAUUACCUACGUCCGGGAGAAAGUUAUUGACUUCUCAAAACCCUUCAUGACUCUGGGAAUUAGCAUCCUCUAUCGGAAGCCCAAUGGCACAAACCCAGGGGUUUUCUCUUUUUUGAAUCCGUUGUCUCCAGAUAUUUGGAUGUACGUGCUGCUGGCCUGCCUUGGGGUCAGUUGUGUACUUUUUGUUAUUGCCAGGUUUACACCCUACGAGUGGUACAAUCCUCACCCUUGCAAUCCUGACUCAGAUGUGGUGGAAAACAAUUUUACUUUGCUUAAUAGUUUCUGGUUCGGAGUUGGAGCUCUCAUGCAACAAGGCUCGGAACUGAUGCCCAAAGCUCUCUCCACUAGAAUAGUGGGUGGAAUAUGGUGGUUUUUCACAUUAAUCAUAAUAUCAUCAUACACUGCCAACUUGGCUGCCUUUCUGACUGUGGAAAGAAUGGAUUCUCCCAUUGACUCAGCAGAUGAUUUGGCAAAGCAAACCAAAAUAGAAUAUGGUGCUGUCAGAGAUGGAUCCACAAUGACUUUCUUUAAGAAAUCAAAGAUUUCAACAUAUGAGAAAAUGUGGGCAUUCAUGAACAGUCGGAAGCAGACAGCUUUACUGAAGAACAAUGAGGAAGGGAUUCAACGUGUUCUCACCACUGAUUAUGCUCUUCUAAUGGAGUCAACCAGUAUUGAAUAUGUUACUCAGCGGAACUGCAACCUGACCCAGAUUGGUGGCCUCAUUGACUCAAAGGGUUAUGGUGUUGGAACUCCAAUAGGGUCUCCAUACAGAGAUAAAGUCACAAUAGCCAUCCUGCAGCUUCAAGAGGAAGGAAAGUUGCACAUGAUGAAAGAGAAAUGGUGGCGAGGGAAUGGCUGCCCAGAAGAGGAUAACAAAGAAGCAAGUGCCCUUGGUGUUGAAAACAUAGGAGGGAUAUUUAUCGUGCUUGCUGCAGGGCUUGUUCUCUCAGUCUUUGUAGCCAUUGGUGAAUUUGUAUAUAAAUCCAGAAGAAACAACGAUGUGGAACAGGCCUUUUGUUUCUCUUAUGGAUCACAAUGUAAGCAAACGUACCCAUCCUAUUCUACAUCUGGAACCACGCUAUCCACUGAGUUAGAAUGUGGCAAACUAAUCCGGGAGGAGAGGCGAUUGCGACCACAGUCCUCCAUCCACACUGUUUAG